AGACUUCGAUGACUAACACAAGACUGCGACUUGGCUUGUGGGAAUGGAUACGUAAUAAAACAGCCGAAAAAACUCCAAGAAAUUGCGAAGUUAUAGUUAAAUUUCUUGCCUGUAAACAUCAUGUUUACUACUGCAAAUAUCAAGGAAAUUACGGCAACAGCGCCUUGGUCUAAUACUUAUAGUUCUCAGCCUCCAAUACCUGGAGAAAAAGAAAGCCAGCCUGAACCUCCUGGAGUGAACAAUUCUGAUCAGAAGUCGUCAGAAGUACUUGCAUGGAAGAAAGCUCGUGAAGCAUUACAGAAAAUGAAACCACAGACUGUUGAUAAUUCAUCACUAUUAACUACCAAUGGUAUGGUACCUCGCUCCCAACUAUUGCAUCAAAUGGGACAAAAUUAUCAUGGGUAUCCAUAUUAUCCCAACCAAGGUUUCUACACCUAUUUACCACCACAGUUCCCAACAUAUCCUCCACCUGCUAAACCACCAACUAUGGCAAUGAUGCAGAAUAGUUUCCCCUCCAAUACACCCCAUGGUGUCCCCUCCAAUACAUCACAUGGUGUCCCCUCCAAUACAUCACAUGGUGUCCCUUUCAAUACAUCACAUGGUGUCUCCUCCAAUACAUCACAUGGUGUCCCUUCCAAUACAUCACAUGGUCCCUCCAAUACAUCACAUGGUGUUCCCUCCAAUACAUCACAUGGUGUUCCCUCCAAUACAUCACAUGGUGUUCCCUCCAAUAUACCCCAUCAUACCUCCUCCAAUAUAUCCCAUGGUGUCCCCUCCAAUACACCUUAUCAUACCUCCAAUACAUCCCAUGGUACCCCCUUCAAUACUUCUCAAGGUGUUCCCUCUAAUACAUCGUAUCGAUAUUAUCUACCAUCAGCUCCACGCACUGCUCCCCAAUCUCCAGUGAUGUCAACAUCCAGUUCUCUCAAUGCUUUAGGGGGCAGUUCUGCUCCCAAAAUAUUUGAUAAAGAUGCAUUAAGUGAAAAGCAAAGCCAUGCUGUAACUCAGCCUCCGUGUCCCUCAGUUUAUGAUGAUAGGAAAACCUAUGCCAAACAGACAUUUUGGAUGAGUAAUAAAGUCAAUCACUCUACUGUUUUGAAACAAAAUUGGGAUAAAGAAGUGAGAGAUAAUCCUCCCGUUAAGAAGAUUAAAUGUUCACCAGAGCCAAAUGAGAAAAAUGUUUCAGAAAAGAACAAUAAUGCUUCUAAGAUCUCUCCACAAGAUUGGCCUCCAAGCUUAAAAGAUUAUGUACAACGUGCUUUUGAGCAAUGUGAAACGGAGAAACACAAGGAUCUCACCGAGAUUCAUUUGAAGAAGAUGUUAACGUCAUUUAAGGAAGGAACAGCUUGGGGUAUAAACUGGGAGCAAGAACCAUUACCAAAGCUAAAGACGGAUAAAGAAAGCCGACGAGCAAAACUUGAACGACGUCUUAAUCAGCGUUCGCCUUCCAUUGAAAAGAGACGAUCUCGAAGUCGUAGUCACAGCUCUAGUCGGUCGAGAAGCCCCCCGGAUUUUGUGUUAAAUAACAAGAGCUCACCUGAGAAUCGACGUCGUAACAGGAAAGGAGGACGCACUAAGGUUAAGGAUGGAGUAAAUAUCAAGAAACAAAAAUCCGCGAUGAAACAUCAGAAAAAGAAGAAAGAAAACAAAGAGAAUAUGUUUAUGCCAAUGGAUGCCGAAAGCGAAGAAAAGAAAGAAAAAAGAGCCGCUCGCUUUCAGGACGACAACACUAGCAAUAAGCCCAGUUUAUUUGGCAGUCUGGUUGAGACCUUGAAUUCUUCGCUGUUAAAUGAUAACAACGACGAGGAAAGUAUUGAUUGGACGAGAUUUCACAUCAUUGGUACUUGUGAAGAUUUGGAGAAACGUUAUUUUAGGUUGACAUCGCCUCCUGAUCCUUCUACGGUGAGACCAUUGAAGAUUCUACGAAAGUCUUUGGAGAUGGUGAAAAAUGACUGGAAAACAAAACAAGACUAUCCAUUUGCUUGUGAACAAUUGAAAUCUAUUCGUCAAGACUUGACCGUACAAGGAAUUCGGAACGAUUUUACAAUUCUUAUUUACGAAACUCAUGCACGACUCGCUUUGGAAAAGGGAGAUAGCGCCGAGUUCAAUCAAUGUCAGUCGCAGUUAAAAACAUUGUAUUGCAGUAGCUUGAGUGGUAACAGAAACGAGUUUACUGCUUAUCGUAUACUGUACCUUGUUUAUACACAGAAUACCCGAGAGCUUACCACUACCAUGGCGGCUCUCACUGUUGAAGAAAAAAAAGAUAAAUUCAUUAGUCAUGCGUUGAAAAUACGAUCAUCAUGGUCUCUAUGCAAUUAUCAUUCUUUUUUCCAGCUUUAUUCUGCAGCUCCAAACAUGGGUGGCUAUCUUCUUGAUCUCUUUGUCGAACGCGAGAGGAAGAAGGCGAUGAAGAUACUCGUUAAAUCUUACCGCCCUUUCUUGCCUGUUGCAUUUGUUCAAACGGAGUUAGCGUUCGGUGAUGAAACAACUUGUCGGGAGUUCCUUUUGGCUCACGGUCUUAUUCUUAAUGCAGAUUACACUAAAGUCGACUGCAAGCAAUCGCAAGCUGCAUUAGCGUCAGCCGUCAGUUAGCUACACAAGCAGCCCUUGAAAAUCAGUCCAUAUUAUUAUGUUUAGAGAGAUCAGAGAGUAUUAAUGAUGUAUAUAAAUCUUGUUUCUAUUGGCUAUCUAUCAGAGCAGGCGAAAUGUUCCAGCAGUCGUUCAAGUCUUGUCUUUUUUGCCGUGAUAGUCUGGUGUGUAUUGGUUGUGAAGUUCUGGAUCCCUCAGCGUAACCCUGAUCUCUGAAGCUCAUCCUUCCAUCUACUGUACCUGGAUCCCUUAACGUACCUAUUUAACCCUAAUAAUUCCGAAGUUCAACCUUCCAUCUACUCAAUCGUAUUCUCACUAACCCGUCGUCAUUUCAAAUGAUUCCUCGUCAUCCUUGGUCAUUCUUACCUAUACCGUGCUAUCCAUGAGUAUCCAUGGUCAACAUCAAACGUCCUUUACCUUAGUUCUAGCCAUCAACUAAGGUAGAAGUCAGAGUAAGUGUCGCUUAUUUGGAAGAAGCUCAACAUGCUCCUCUUCAAAGUUUUAUUGUCAGUUGCUGUGUGUAUGAUCUCUGUGUUUGUGUGUUUGCGUAAUCACAAUAUGCAUUCUGGCAGGGCAGUUUGUUGUUUCAUGCAGUUUUAUAGGUGACCUUGAAUCCUGUUGUGUCCCUUUUUGUCUCGUUCACAAAAACUUUAAUGAAAUUUAAAUAUAUAUAUAUAUAUAUGUAUGCAUAUGGGAAAUUUAAUAUAUCUUUCUUUCAUUCAAAUAUGACAUGCAAAUGGUUUGGUUCUGGAAAUUUACUCAAUUAAAUUUUAAAAAAACAA